CACAUGUUUCUAGUCCCAACACAUAACUCUCUCUCUCUCUCUCUCUCUCUCUCUCAAACAUAGCGCAGAACAGUGAAAGAGAGAAGAAAACAGAGUGAUCUGUUUCAAAAACAGAGCACAGAACAGAGAAAGAAAAAGAAAACAGAGUGAGAUCAGAGAUGGGAAUAGUGAUGGUGAUGAUAGGUCUUCUCUUUACCCUCGUCACGCUCUGUUCUGCUCUUCUCCGAUGGAACCAAAUGCGAUACACCAAGAAUAAUCUCCCUCCUGGAACCAUGGGGUGGCCAAUCUUUGGCGAAACAACUGAGUUCCUCAAACAAGGACCUAACUUCAUGAGAAACCAAAGACUCCGAUAUGGGAGUUUCUUCAAAUCUCAUCUUCUUGGUUGUCCAACGUUAGUCUCGAUGGACUCAGAGAUCAACAGAUACAUUCUAAAGAACGAGUCCAAAGGUUUGGUUCCUGGCUAUCCACAAUCGAUGCUUGACAUUCUUGGGACUUGUAACAUGGCUGCGGUUCACGGUUCGAGCCAUCGCCUUAUGAGAGGCUCACUUCUUUCACUCAUUAGCUCCACGAUGAUGAGGGAUCACAUCUUGCCCAAAGUCGAUCACUUCAUGAGAAGCUAUCUUGGUCAGUGGAAUGAGCUUGAGAUUAUUGAUAUCCAGGAUAAGACCAAACAUAUGGCAUUUUAUUCUUCUUUGACACAAAUCGCUGGAAAUUUAAGAAAACCACUCGUCGAGGAAUUCAAAAAUGCGUUCUUCAAGCUUGUUGUUGGAACUCUAUCGGUCCCGAUCGACCUUCCCGGCACAAAUUAUCGUUGCGGAAUCCAAGCAAGGAGGAACAUUGAUAGGUUGCUGAGAGAGCUGAUGCAAGAACGUAGAGACUCUGGAGAAACGUUCACAGAUAUGUUGGGUUACUUGAUGAAGAAGGAAGAUAACCGAUAUCCGUUAACCGAUGAAGAGAUAAGAGACCAAGUCGUGACGAUCUUGUACUCGGGUUACGAGACUGUCUCUACGACCUCAAUGAUGGCUCUUAAGUACCUACAUGAUCACCCAAAGGCUCUUCAAGAACUCAGAAGAGAGCAUUUGGCUAUAAGGGAAAGAAAACGAUCAGACGAACCACUCGAUCUGGAGGAUGUGAAGUCAAUGAAGUUCACUCGAGCGGUGAUUUUUGAGACAUCAAGAUUGGCAACGAUCGUUAAUGGGGUCCUUAGAAAAACUACUCGUGACUUGGAAAUCAACGGUUAUGUAAUCCCAAAAGGAUGGAGAAUUUACGUAUACACGAGGGAAAUUAAUUACGACACAAAUCUUUACAAGGACCCAAUGAUCUUUAAUCCAUGGAGAUGGAUGGAGAAGAGUUUGGAGUCACAAAACUCAUGCUUUGUGUUUGGAGGUGGGACAAGGCUUUGCCCUGGCAAGGAACUAGGGAUUGUUGAGAUCUCGAGCUUCCUCCAUUACUUUGUAACCAAAUACAGAUGGGAGGAAAUAGGAGGAGAGGAAAUAAUGGUGUUUCCAAGAGUUUUUGCACCUAAAGGCUUCCAUCUUAAGAUUUCACCUUACUAACUUAAAAAAAAACGAUCCUAGAGAAUAAUAUAAAUGUACAGAUAAUAUAGAAGAAACAUUUGGAAAGACAAGAUUGAGAAGAUAAUUAUGUUUUUUUUGCUCUAUAUAAUGACCCAUACAUUUCUCAUUAAAGAUUUUUUCUGGUCAUAUAUGUACAUAACCAUGAUCAGCUUAAUUAUAUUAAUUGUAUUCAUAUUUUCUCUAUUUCUGAUCUUUAUUUUAAAAAUCUUAAAUGUUGUGAUAUACAAGAUGUAAGAGUUAUUUACGUUCAGAUGCACUUUUUGAAUUAUCAAUUACAA